AUACAAUAAACACAAGGACUCUCCUAAAACCCUAAAAACCAGAAAACCAGGCACUAGUCUCCAGUCCAUCUAUGGCGUUCUCCGGCCGGCUACGAGAUCUGAUGAAGAAGUACGGAAAGGUGGCCCUCGGCGUCCAUCUGUCUGUGUCCGCAGCCUCCAUCACAGGAUUCUACGUUGCCAUAAAAAACAAUGUGGAGGUUGAGUCCCUCUUCGAGAAGUUUGGACUCUCCUCCACAGUUCCUCACCAUCAGUCUCCUUCGGGAGACAGUGGAGCAUCCACAGAAGAUCCUACGUCUGUUAUUCUGGAAGACCACGAGUUCCCUCCUCCCACUGCCGUCGACCAAGGGGAGCAGCAGCCUCGGCUUAAAAAUCGGACAGCAGAACUUGCGGCAUCGAGUGGUGGUGCGUUGGCGCUAGCGAUCCUUUGCAACAAGGCGCUUUUCCCUAUCCGUGUUCCAAUCACGAUCGGGCUGACGCCGCCGAUUGCCAGAUUUCUCGCAAGAAGGAAUGUCCUAAAAAACGUGUAACUUUACACUUGAUCACUCCCUCAGUUUCGUGUAUCCAUAUGCUGUUUGUUUAAUAGAUUAAAACGUUUCGUUUGGCUUC